UGACCUUUUCCCUGAUAUCUAUUUGAGUCGUCACAUACAUAAAGAUUUGGAGGGAUGGGAGUAAUACCACUUGUAGUAACAAAUCAAUUUCCCAAAAUUUGUGAGAUAAAAUACAGUGAGUUACAUUCCUGAUCAAAGUUAAAGAAAUGGCGGAGCAACUGGAAUCUGAAUCGUCAGGAUCGGGCAACUUGUUUAACAAAAUCAUAGCUGUCGCCGCUGGCGAAGCUCAUACUCUUGCUCUCACUGCAAAUGGAGAUGUGUAUUCUUGGGGAAGAGGAACAUUCGGUCGACUUGGUGUCGGUUCAGAAGCUGACCACUUAUACCCGGUUCGAAUCAACUUUGGCCUGGCUGAUUCUAAUGGAGAUAAACGGGUCAAGAUUGUUGGUAUUACUGUUGGUGCUUAUCACAGUCUUGCUGUUUCAGAUGAUGGAUCAGUAUGGGGCUGGGGAUAUAAUAUCUAUGGACAACUUGGUUUUGACGGAGAAAAUUCCUUGGUUCCUCAUUUAUUGGAGGGAUUCCUUGAGUUAGGUUCCCCUAAUUCAUCAGCUAGUGGCUCAGAGAGGAAGAAACUGACGAUUUCCUCAGUUAAAGGUGGCGGGAUGAUGUCAUCUGCAAUUGAUAGUCUUGGAUCUCUAUGGAUGUGGGGUAACUUUCCUGAACCACAGAAAAGCAAGUCUAUGGAGAGUGAAUUCCCUCUUACUAGUAGUUGCAACCCAAUGCCUGUCUGGAAUUUCCAUGGACACACAGUUGUUAAGGUGGCAUGCGGAAAUGAGCAUGUUGUGGCAUUAGUCACUGCUGGUGAAGGUUACAAAGGGAGUGAUCUGGUUUGUUAUUCUUGGGGUGGCAACAGCCACGGCCAGUUAGGCUUGGGAGACAGGCAGAGCAGACAGUAUCCUGAAGUUAUUGAGCCCUUCAAUUCAGAUGCCCCUUGGACAGUAUAUGAGGUAGCCUGUGGAGCUUUUCACACUGCUUUACUGGCUCAGAAAAGUCCAAGUGAAACAUUUGAAAGUGUAUGCUGGACAUUUGGCCAGGGAGAUAAUGGGCAAUUAGGUCAUGGGACAACCCAAAGUGUGUUAUCACCUGAACCAGUGAAAGGGUUACCGUGGAAUGCAUUUCUCAUUUCUGUUGACUGUGGUUUAUUUCACACAAGUGUUGUCUCUUCUGCUGGAGAUGUGUGGUCAUGGGGAAUGGAGAAAGGCCUUGGCCUAUGUCCUGAAGCAAGUUAUAGUGGAGCUGAUGCAGGUGAUGCAAUUCUUCCUCUAUUGAUUCCCUGUGCUGGGCUAUACGGGCCUAAAUUUCCAGAACCUGUUCAAGUUGUCUGUGGUGCUGCCCAUACUAUUCUUCUGGCAGAUGCUGGAUAUAAGAUGUGGUCUUGGGGUAGAGGAUGGAGUGGUGUCCUUGGAAAUGGUAAGAUGAUUGAUUGCUACUCUCCAAUUAUGGCACUCUGGCCACCUCUAGAUGCAGAUUUUAGAGAACAGAGUGUAAAUGAUGGCGGCGAUAAAAGUGGUACAGAAAAGAAACCUGAAGAUGUGGUAGAAUUGGAGAGGAAACUUUCUAUGGCAGCAGAGGAUGUAAAGAUUCUUCAGUCAAAACUCUCUCUAAUGGAAAGGUAUGCUAGCAUUCUUCAUGGUGCCACCUUUGGCAAACCUUUUGAAGAGCGAGAUAUGCCAGCCUCGUUACGCAGUGGAGGUUCAUUUGACAUUGCAAAGGAGUGGGAACACAUGUUGGAGACCUUGGAUCGUGGAAAGCUUGUCCGACUAGAGAUGUUUUAUCGUGGUAUGCUAGCAGGUGUCAAAGAUAAACUGUUGAAGAAACGGAUUCAGGAGAUUUUCCUGGAGUGUCAGAGUUCUUUGCCUUCAGAAUCCACUCAACGAAACAAGUAAUGCAGAAUGCUUUGGUGUCAAAUUUAUGUUUGUCUUAUCUUGUAUCAGCUGUUUUUUUGGUGUGCAUAUCUAAAUUAUGAUGAAAAUGCCUUCACAUAUUUAUUAUAUUGUUUAUCCAAAUAAUAAUAUGUAAAACUAGGAGAUGGAAAGUUGUUCCCUGUUAUGGAUAAACCUCCUGAUGAUUGUAAUUAGUUAGCUUUGAAGAAAUAAUAAUUGAAAGUGAUGUUGUUUUGUUGUUAUAA